AUGACAAAGUCAUUAUCAGACACAGCUCCUUCACCUUCUUCGUUUUAUCCGACUAGCUAUCCAAACAACAUAUCCUCACCUCACCCAAUGUCAAACGACGAGUUCAAACGGGAACGGUUGCACUUGCAACAUGACUUGUGUAAAUGCUCGUGGAAAGGAAAUUUUAUCGCACCCGUUGAAGAAAAGUUAAAGAGCGGAGCAACGGUUCUUGAUGUAGGUUGCGGACCAUGCCUCUCGCUUCUUGAACUUUCAACGACAUAUCCAAAAUCAAAUUUUAUCGGACUAGAUACAGCAACUCCCAGACUUUUUUCUCGGCCACCAAAUCUCUCUCUCCUCACUCAUAAUGUUUUCUCCGGCCUUCCGUUUCCCGAUAACCACUUUGAUUUUGUCUAUCAGAGAUUAAUUGCUUCAAAUCACACGAUCGAAGAAUGGAAAAUAAUUAUGCAAGAGUUGGUCAGAGUUACGAAAAAGGAUGGGUGGAUCGAAAUUGUGGAAAUGGAUAAUGUAAUUUGUGGGGGAGGACGAGCAACAAAAUCGUUGAGUUCGGCAAUGAAGACGUAUUUACAUUCAAAAAACAUAUAUUCCGAGAUCGGGCCUCACUUGAAAAAACUGCUUUCGAAUACGGGCGAUUUAACCGAUAUUGACCAGCUGUCCGUGGACAUACCGAUUGGAAAGAAAAGCGGACGGCGCGCGGAGCUGGCUCUACUCGAUUUUGCUUCAAAAAUGAAUUCGUUGAAAUCCACCUUAUUAACACAAAUGGACAUUACGAACGAACAUUAUGAUGCAUUAAUAGAAACACUAAUUUACGAAGCUAAUAAGCAAAACGUGUACUGGAAAACUCAUAGGAUUAUAGGGAGGAAAUGUUCAUAG